CGAGAAGAAAUCUAGGAAAACGAGAAGAAAUCAGGGCAUUAAACAAUCCAGGCUCACCUUCUCUCGAUGCAAAUCUAAAUGAGCGAAAAUAGAGAGAGAGAGAGAGCGAAUCUAGGAAAGCGAUACCAAUGGCUUCCAUGAAGGUAACAAUGGCGUCUAAGAAGAAAGGUGAAAGCGAAGACAGCGAUUUUGUGACGAGGGAAUCCGAUGAUAUGCUUCUGACAAUGCCUAACGGACUCACUGCUCAUAAAAAGGAAGGUCAAAAUUUGGAACAAGAUAAGACUGGAGACUAUGUAAAGGAGAAGGGAGAAGACAUGGACAUUGAUUGGAUGAAUGGGUUGUUGACUGAGGCAAACACUGAUCACAAUUGCCAGGAAACUAUGCACGUGGUUGAAGCUGAUUUGGGAACAUUACACAAAAUCAGUGACUAGAAAGGCAUUGACAAUAAAGUCAUUGACCAGCAGGUGAUGGAAGAUGGUUUGGAGGAAGGCCAGAAAAUGGAGAGUGUCAUUGACAAUGUGGAAACAGCAUCACAAGCUGCUCGGGCAGCAGAGGAAUUGGAUCCAGCCAUUUGGGACAUUA